AUGGAAAGAUCGGGAUACGAGGAAUAUAGUAGGAAAACCCUAGCGGAGGCACUAAAAUGUCAAGGUAACAGGGCUAUGCAGUCAAAGCUAUACUCUGAUGCAAUUGAGUUGUAUUCUUUUGCAAUUGCACUUUGUGAACAGAAUGCUGUUUACUACUGUAACAGGGCAGCUGCGUACACACAGGUGCACAAAUAUAUAGAAGCAAUCAGUGAUUCCCGUAAGUCCAUCGAAAUUGAUCCCAGUUACAGUAAGGCAUACAGUCGUCUUGGCUUGGCUUAUUAUGCUCAAGGAAAUUAUGCUGAUGCUAUUGAGAAAGGAUUUAAGAAAGCCUUGCAAUUGGAUCCAAAUAAUGAAGCUGUCAAAGAAAAUAUUCGGGUGGCAGAGCAAAAGUUAAAAGAAGAGCGGGAACAGACAAGACAUGAUCAGGGUACAAGCUCAAGUCAUAGUGAUCAAGAAUCCAAUAACCAUCAACAAGGAGGGGCAAGGAGGCACGGCACACCACCUCCAUUUACAAUGCCUUUCAAUAUCAACACCAGUGGGCUUCCUACGGAUUUUGCCAGCAUGCUUAUGAACAUGACAGCAAAUGCUUACCAGGGACAACCAUCUCAGAACAGGCAAGGGGAUGAUGGUACUGCUAAUGAAUCAGAUGGGCCUGGAAUAAGAAUUGGUGGGAACAUUAAUUUGGAUUUUGGAGAACAAAUGCCUGAGCAGCUAACAGAAGCUUUUAGGUCAAUGAUGGAUAUGUUCUCAGGGGCUUCGCAGCAACAGAAUUCUGAUGGGUCUGCAAAUGGGAGUUCGACUGCGAGCUAAGCUGUACUAUGGCCUAGUAACAAAUGCCAAAAUGGCAGCACAGCCAGGAAAUUCUCAAGAUGCUUCGAGAGAAAAGACCUUAAAAUUUUCAAGAUGCUCCGAGUAAAGACCGUAGAAAUUUUCAAGAUGCUCUGAAAGAAAAUACCGGCCACAACUGAAACACCUUUGCUUUCUUUAUUUAUUUGUUUUUGUAUUAUUAUACAAGUUUGUAAUAGAAUUUUAGUUUCACUAACAAUUUUCACCAUCCCAGCGAGUAUAAGCAAUGUUCAUUUGUGACAAAAAUGAAAAUUCAUAGGCUUGCAGCUUUUUCAAGAUUCUCUUUUGGGAAAGUCAUGGAAAUUCUUGGGCCUGAAACUUGACUCCUGAUCAGCAAUUGUUAUGCUCCAUGCGCUGGCAUUAUUCUUGGGUUACCAUCAAGUAUCUCAACAGCUUCUAAAGGGAUCGAUGCAACUCCACACCUUCGUUGCAACUGACAUUGUUUUUAGUUAGGAAUCUACACUACUUGUGUGUGUAUAUUAUAUAAGACAUCUUGGACAUUUACGAAUUAAUGUGCGCUCGAUGUAAACCGAGGCUACAUAGCCACGGGAUCGGAAAUGGAUGAAUAAAAUUCGAAAA